AAGGAUGACUUUCGUGCAAGUGGGCCCGUCCCUCCCCGCAACGCAGUCGAAUGUUGAUUCAUUGGACUAACGGAGCGGCGUCUGUCUCUACUCACGUCACGCUGUGGUUACCACUGGAACCUUAUAAACCUGCGAUGGAGCCAGAAAGUUCAUAUUGAGGAACCGUGCGGAGACGCGAAAAGUGACAGCAAGACCACAAUCAGACAAAGAUGCCUAUUUCAGCUGGUGGUGUGACCUAUUCCUGGAAUGAUUUCACGGAUAAUAAGAACAAUGAUGACUUCACCACACUAGAAACUUUAGAAGAUGACAUGUGUGACAUGAGUCCUGUAAGGGAGUUUAGAAGCCAAUUUGAGCCCCCUCUCUACUGGCUGAUUGUAAUGCUGGGGGCCAUAGGCAACCUGCUAGUGGUAUGGAUCUACCUUUACUUUCACAACCGUUUGAAGACCAUGACGGACAUCUACCUGCUCAACCUUGCCAUCGCUGACCUGCUGUUCCUGGGAACUCUACCAUUUUGGGCCACAGACGCCGUCCACGGAUGGACCUAUGGCACUCCUGCUUGCAAGCUGGUGUCUGCCAUCUACAAGAUCAACUUCUUCAGCAGCAUGCUGCUGCUGACCUGCAUCAGCGUGGACCGCUAUGGGGCCAUUGUUAAGGCCACUAAGUUCAAGAACUCCAAAAGAGAAAGACUUUUGCAAAGCAAGCUGGUGUGCAUGGGGGUCUGGCUGCUAGCUGCUGCCUUGUCUCUCCCAGAGUUCAUCUUUGCCAAAGCUAAGGAGAGCCAUGAAGGUAACACCUACUGUGUCAUGGUCUUCUGGUUCAACCAGGACAACCACAUCAAAAUCCUGGUCUUGUCCAUUCAGAUCUGCAUGGGUUUCUGCCUACCCCUCCUUGUCAUGAUAUUCUGCUACACUGUCAUCAUCCACACUUUGCUGCAGUCCAAGAAUUUCGCGAAGCACAAGGCCCUUCGGGUAAUCCUGGCAGUGGUGGCAGUAUUUGUUCUCUCCCAGAUGCCAUUCAACAGUGUCCUAGUGUUUGAGGUGACGCAGGCAGCCAACACCACAAUUACAGACUGCGAUGAAGUGAAGCGUUUUAGCAUCAUUGGUCAGGUGCUAAAGAGCCUGGCCUAUAGUCACAGUUGCCUCAAUCCAAUCCUCUAUGUCUUCAUUGGGGUACGCUUUCGUGAUGAUCUGUUCAAGGCGCUCCAAAGCUGUGGUUGUUGCAGAUGGUAUGGUCAACACACUAUAACGAAACGCAGUAGUACAUCAGAAACAGAGACAACGCCUGCACUGUCAUUGUAGCGAACCUCUGAGAUUAGCUGAAAUGUCAAGUUUUCAACAAAGCCUCCGAAACUAGCUGAAAUGCCCGCUGUUUAACAAAGUCUCUGAGAGGCGCGUCAGAAGCAUCUGGAAUGUGUUGGGGGGGGGGGGGUCGGACACUGGCAUAAAACUAAUAUUUUGUGUCAAAUGUGGGGGGGUCCAAAGGAAUAAUUAUGAAAUGUGAGGGGAAUAAUUAUGAAAUGUGUCCCCCUCAGAUUUAAUGGCGGCGACGCCCAUGCUCUGAGACCAGCUGAAAUAUCUACUUUUUGACAAAAGAAUGUGUAAAAUAUUUUGUACAUAAGUAAUGUAUAUAGUUUGUAAAUAUAUUUGGUAGAAACUAUUAACUAUGCCGCCCCACUGUCCUACAAAGAAAAAAACAGCAUGUUUCUCCUUGAUUAUUGUGUGGAUAUUGUACUUACUCUAAUUUUCAAACUCAAUUUCCUUCAAAAACAUGCAUAGCUAAACUGAGGUAAUUUGUCAUCAGACAAAAGAGUCUAACAGACUUGAUUUUAGUCACAAUUUCAUUUUGAUAAAAUAUUACCCGGAAACGGAAUUGCAAUACAAGUUUUUUUUUGCCUUUCCACGACAGCCUUGAUGAUGGCAGCAGAGAUAGGACAGUUCUUCUGGAAUUGUAAUGAAUUUAAAGCAUUAACUCAGUGUUCCACAAAGUGUUUAAUAUGGUUUUCAUGGUUUUCUUUGUGUGGUGAUUGUAGGAUCUUGCAGCAGUCAGAUUUUGCUGAAUGAGCUUAUAUUUGUUUGUACUUCGAUGCUUUUUCCAGGUGAUGCAGACUAUACAGUACUGACUGUCCAUAUUUUCACGUGUUCCUCACACCCAUACUUAAAUGGAAUGUUUGAGAAUGAGAAUAAACCAUUUGUGAAUGAGAAAA